UCCACGACGUCUCAUUGUCCCCUCAUUUAGCUCUCUGAACCCACUCAGCCAUGAGUUCUGCCUCAGUGAAUAUGUCUCGUCCACGUUCUUCAUCCGAUUGUUCUUUACUAGGUCGCGCGGUGGCAUCGGCACCUUACGCGGUCUGAGACUUGCAGGAGUCCAUCUACUUCCUGACUGGCCGUUGAGAGCAUCUUCGUGCGUAUCCACCUUCGCUGCCGCAAGUCUUCGAUCACACACAUGUCACAGGCAUUGCUCCUCCUCCAUACAGCCACUCAGGGUACAAAGGAGCGUAUAGCAUGGGUGGAGAUCCCCUCAACCCGGACUACCUGCAGCGUCAGCUGCCUGUGGGCGAGGCCCGUGCUUCACUUCGUAUCAGUGAAGAUGCGCUCAACGAUCUCGAGGCCCAGUGCAACGCGCUCAGGGUCGAAGUAGGGAAGGCACUUUCAGAACGCGACAGAGCUCUGGAGAAUGCGGAGAGUAUGCGUGAAGCUUUACAAGAGCUGAAACGAGAGUCGGCCGAAACACAGCUUAUCGGCGCCGCUGUUCAAGACAGACUGACGGCCUCUUUUCAACAGCCGCUGGCUGAGAUCGAGCGGCAUGCGCGACAAGUCAUAGACGAAGCCACGACGAAGGCCAUGUCAGAGCUAGAACGCGAGCGGGACGAUCUCAAACGUGAGGCGGAGAUCGCGCAUGCCAAGUAUCUCGACGCGAACGCAGCCUCGGAGGCCGCGCGAGAGGCCAGGAACGCCCUCCAAGAGGAACUCGCUACCACCCGUCAAGAGCUCAAGUACCGCGUCGACGAGGUGAUCUUGUUGAAAGAACGUUGCGCCACGGCGGUCUUGGGGAAGUGGGGGCAACACAAGAUGAUAUAAUCGAAUCUCUCACGGCUGGAAUAACGGCGCGAUCAAGUCUGCCCACGGUGUCACAGCCGUCUCUAGACUCUCACACAGGAACCAAGUUCGGCGUGAUGCUGAAGACAGUGUACGAGCCCAUUGUGCGACUGCUCUCCAUGGGCAAAUCGGUACGG